AUGGCUGACGACGUCGAUCUGACCAUUCCAGCCACCGCAUUGGGUUUAUGGAUGGCCUCUUCCGAGGUAGACCAGAAGGCGCUGGGCAAUUUCGCGGCUGUCAUGGCCUUCGAAAACCCAUUUCUCUCGGCCAUGUUGUAUAAAAUACUCGGACUAUCGGUAAUGCUAUCUAAGAAGCUCCUCCGAGCUCGCCGACUUCGCCGAUUAGACACCACCCGCGACACCAAGUCACUCCAGCAAUACCAUCACAUCAUCUGGCUUUCCCGAGAAGGCUUAAUAAUACUAGAAGGAUACAUCCUACCGCUGGUGAACGCAUUUGUCGAAUUGAAGGUCCUAUCAUACAAGCUUCGCGCCUCUUUCUACCACAUCUUCGUCCUAUUCCACAACCGCCCCAUCAUCAACCCAAGAGACCCACCACAAAGUUCCAAACACGACUCGAUCUACGGUCCAGACUCCUUAACCGCCCUGGGCCUCGCACCCGUCCAACCAAUCCAACCAGCCUCCUCAUUCCUCCUCCCUCCUCUCGACUACACCGCAACAGCAACAGCCUGCUUCAACCACGCGGCCUUAUUAGCCGACAAACUUCUCCCGGGCUCACAUCCCCUACGCCUUUCCGUCAAGCUCGAAUACGCAGCCUAUCUGUACGACUGCCUCCAGGAUCCCCUCGCAAGCCGCCGUCUCGCCAAACACGCCAUCGCGGACGUCUACAACGCCCAAGAAGGAAUGGACGAUGAGAGCUUUGAAGACGCCGCCGAGAUCGUCGGCGUACUCGGCAAGAUGGUCAAGCGCGGCGGCAAACCGGGGAGUAGCACAGCGGGGAGCAGCACUUCGCACAUUUCACGGAGCAGGAGCUCGCGCAGUCCUUCGCAUCUGGAUACGAGUGUUCCGACGACCAUUUCCCCAGUCACGGUGACAAAACCGAGUCCUGUCUCUGCGAGUAUAGUCGCUGUUGAGCCUGCGGUGCCAAAUGUCACGAUGAUGAAUCCGAUUUGA